AUGGAAAAUGUAUCAAAACAGUUGGUAUUUUUAUGUUAUUUUAUUUGUGGUAUUAGAAAUAAGUUUGUUAAUAAUGCAAAAAGAGAUCCAGGGAUGUAUUUAGAUUCUACUGGGACACCUGAUUCAACGAUAGACACCUUGGCAACAUUAGGUAUGACAAUAACAUCUCGUUCAAUUGCUUACCACAAGGAUGCUAUAUCUAAAAAACAUUUGACAACUGUGGAAUCAAAUCUUGCAGAUAGUACUAAUAGUGCUCUAGUUUUAAAUAUUGACGAUUAUCACAAACAUCUUGCUACUAUUUUACUUAACUCAAUUAAGAAUCAACCAGCAAUACCAAGAGAAGAUAUUCAUAAUCCUGCGUUAAUUGAAGCUCAGCUAAUCAAAAUUGGAAUUGAAAACAAUUUUAUGUCAACGUAUUCACUUUCUCAUAACCAACGUUGGGGGUUUCACCUUGUGAGUGAUAAAACAAAGCUUGAAGAAUUAACAGUCCAUAGCUAUGAUGUUCGUUUAAAAGAAAAAAGGAACACAAGAUCACUAAAAGAUGCUGUACUUGUGGAUCUCUUGGAGAGUAAACUUCAAUCAAUGGAAGCUUAUAUAAAUGCUAUUAAUGUUGCAGCAUCUGUUCCAACAAUAAAUAGAUAUAUUGAAGAUGGCAAUAUAAUGAAUGCUGAACUGCCAAAAUUCUCUGAUUCACCUGUAGAAAUCUUUCAUAGUCUUUUACGGCGCAGUACAGAGAAACAUCUUACAGCAGACCAAAUAAUAAAAACAGCACAAAAUAUCAAUUAUUUACGAUUUGAUGAUGAUGACUUUAAGGAAAACUUUGUUCACACUUCAUCUUGGGCAGCUUAUCAGUAUUCUUCUCGGAAUAUUGAAACUUUGACACGAAAAACUGCAUGUUAUCUUCUAGAUUGUUUUACUGAUAUCUAUACUCGUAUUAAUCAUAAGAAAAUUCAAUUUUUAAUUCCACCACAGGUUUCUAUGAAACGCCCAUUAAAAAGGAGUAAGAAGGAAGGAAGUGCUAAUACAGGAAACAGUAUUCCUAUUCCAGCAAUGAAGAUGAAGGAGGCAUGGCUUUGUCAUCUACCUUUAGGAUAUAGCUCUUCACAUAAGCCUAGUUUGUAUGGUUGUGAUUCUUCUAAUUGUUUUAUUACUAAAACUAUAAUCACUGAAGAAACAGGGCAGGAUGGCGUUGAUAAACAUGUUCAAUCACUUCUAGAAAGUUUGCAUCAAAUUAAUUCAAAUAGUAGUGCUGAAGGUGAAGAUCCCGGUUCUAUUCUUGAAGAUGAUAAUGAUGACAUUAAGGAAUCUGCAGAUGACAUUUUAGUCCCAUUGGAUGAUACAAUAUGGCAAUUUCUUCA